AUGGCAUGUGGCAGUGGCUUCAGAGCCUCAACGCCAGGCGAGCCAGUGAAGGUGCCACUCCUCGAGGUCUAUCGCCCCAGGACCUCCGCGCCGCCGCGGCUCCGCGCCAAGCGGGGAGCCUUGGGAACAGGCUGCCUCGGCGCGCGGGUGCACCCGUGGCCCGCUGAGUGCACCGUGCACGCCCUCCAGCGCUCGUGGAACGCCCUGUGCCUCACGGGGAUGGGUCUAUGCACCUUGGCAGAGAAGGUGUUGAAAGAUUUCCUGGGUGAGAUCACAUGGGCAUGA